AUGGCUGCCUAUACGAUUGCCAUGGAACGCGCCACUAUGCUAAUCUCCUACGCCGUCGGAUUGGCACUGAACUUCUCCCUGAAAGAGGAAAUAUACAGCUUCUUCCGCCUAGAAGAUACUCUUGAUUCAAAAGCAACAGCUGAAAUGGACCUGCUGGCUCUGGCAAACCUGGUGGCAUUUUUUCUUAUUGUUUGUUGGGGUAUGCUCGAAUGGCGCAAAGCGCUAUCAUCAGAGCAUAAAACAAAAUUCAGCACUGCUCUGAAAGACAGGGUCAAGCAGACCUGA